AUGUGGCAGCUUUUAGCCGCAGCAUGCUGGAUAAUACUUCUUCAUGGACCAGUAGGCAGCAGUAAGAAAAGCAGCACCACAAAUCCUGAAGCUAAGAUGAAUAUUAGUCAGAUUAUUUCUUACUGGGGCUAUCCUUAUGAAAAGUACGAUGUUGUGACACAAGAUGGUUAUAUCCUUGGAAUUUACAGGAUUCCUCAUGGAAAAGAAUGCCAACGGAAGCCAGACCCCAGGCCUGCUGUGUAUUUGCAGCAUGGCAUGAUUUCAUCAGCCACUGAUUGGAUUUCCAACCUGCCCAACAACAGCCUGGCUUUCCUUCUGGCAGAUAAUGGUUAUGAUGUGUGGUUAGGGAAUAGCCGAGGGAAUACUUGGUCCAGAAAACAUCUGAAAUUGUCACCAAAGUCUUCAGAAUACUGGGCUUUCAGUUUUGAUGAGAUGGCUAAAUAUGACCUUCCAGCCACAAUCAAUUUUAUCACAGAGAAAACUGGACAAGAGCAACUGUACUACGUGGGUCACUCCCAGGGCACCACCAUAGCUUUUGUAGCAUUCUCUACAAAUCCAGAACUGGCUAAAAGGAUUAAGAUAUAUUUUGCACUUGCUCCAGUUAUCACACUGAAAUAUUCUCAAAAUCCUUUGCAGAAAUUCAAAACUCUCCCUAGAAGAGUAGCCAAGAUUUUGUUUGGUGAUAAAAUGUUCCGCUCUCAAACCAAGUUUGAUCAGUUCAUCGCCACCAAAGUGUGCAACCGGAAGGUAUUCCAUCGCGCUUGCAGCAACUUCUUAUUUGCCUUGGCUGGAUUUAAUGCAAAAAACUUAAACAUGAGUCGCUUGGAUGUUUAUUUCUCACAGACCCUUGCGGGAACAUCUGUUCAGAAUAUGCUGCACUGGGCCCAGGUUGCUAAUUCUGGUCAGUUCCAAGGUUUUGACUGGGGAAAUCCUGAUCAAAAUAACUUGCAUUUCCAGCAGCCUACACCUCCUUCAUAUGACGUUACUAAGAUUGAAGUUCCAACAGCAGUGUGGAGUGGCGGGCAGGAUAUUGUGGCUGAUCCCAAGGAUAUUGAGAUUUUACUGCCCAAAAUUGCAAACCUCAUCUAUUACAAGAUGAUACCAUACUACAAUCAUGUGGAUUUUUACCUGGGAAUGGAUGCACCCCAGGAAAUUUACCAAGACAUAAUCAGAUUGAUGAAGGAAUAUUCACAAAAUUGUCAAUAUUUUUUUCUCCAAGCAAGUGGAUUUUGA